AUGUCCCUGGUGCUUCUAGUGUCACUGGUGUCCAUGGGGUCGCUUAUGCCUCCGGUGCUGUCUCUGGUGUCUCAGCCGUCUCCGGGGUCCCUAGUGUUGGUGUCUCAGGUCGCCAGUGUCUCUCGUGUCACUGACUGUCAGGUUUGUAAAUCCUUCUUCCUGAACGAGUGUGAGCUUCACACUCCACCUCUCUUCAUCCCUGACACCCCGGUUCCCACGGGGAUCGCCGACCGAGCCAGACAAACCCUUCCAGCUGGUCUAGAAGUCCGGAAGUCUGGGACUGCUGACUCGGGCCUGGGAGUGUUCAGUAGAGGGGACACGGUUCCGGUCGGGGCUCACUUCGGUCCGUAUCAGGGGGAACCGGUAGACCGGGAGGCAGCCAUGAACAGCGCCUACUCCUGGGUGAUUUCCAAGAGCACAGAUUGUAAAGAGUAUAUAGACGGCACAAGAGAGGAGCGUGCCAACUGGAUGAGGUACGUGAACUGUGCUGGUAGUGAAGAAGAGCAGAACCUGGUGGCCUUCCAGUAUCGAGACGAGAUUCUCUACCGCUGCUGUCGACCCAUCAAUCCAGGACAAGAGCUCCUGGUGGGGUUCGAAGAGGGUUACGCCAAAGUUCUCGGCGUAACAUUUUACUCCCUCUGGAACAAGAAGUGCUCCAGAAACAAAAUGAAAACCCCUUCAUUACAAGUCUUCUCCUGCACUUGGUGUUCAUUUUGCUAUACGGUUGAAAUUUAUCUCCACAAACACAUGAAGAGAUGCCACUAUGAGGAGUACGUCAAACUGAAGGAAUCAGGAGAAACUCCUCAUCACAAGGCCAGAAGACGCUCCGGUAAGCGGUCCUCAGGUCCUCUCGGCUCCGAGACCUCACCCGGUCAGGAGUGUGAUAAAAUGCAUCAGUGCUCAGACUGCGGGAAGAAUUUUAAGCUACGAAGUUAUCUCAAGCAGCACCGGCACAUUCACUCGGGAGAAAAACCACAUCAGUGCUCGCAGUGCGGGAAGAGUUUCACCCGACUCGCUCAUCUCAAGCUACACCAGCGCAUCCACACGGGAGAAAGGCCGUACGAGUGCUCGCGGUGCGGGAAGAGAUUCUCGGAUCAGAGUGCUGCUCAGCGACACGAGCGCACACACACAGGAGUGAAACCGUUUCACUGCUCAGAAUGUGGAAUGAACUUUACUCGGCAAAGUAACCUGCAGCGACACCAGCGCGUUCACACCGGGAGGAAGCCGUACACCUGCUCUCAGUGCGGGAAGAGUUUUACCGACCGGACCGUGAUCCAGGCGCACCGCCAGGUCCACACAGGAGCCAGGCCGUACCCGUGUUCGCAGUGCGGCUUGGCUUUUGCUCAUCAGGGUACUCUUAAACUACACCUGCGCGUCCAUACAGGCGAAAAGCCGUACACCUGCUCACAGUGCGGGAAGAGCUUCGCUCACAGAGGGCAUCUUACACUGCACCUGCGCAUCCACACCGGGGAGAAGCCGUAUCGCUGCUCAGAGUGCGGGAAGACCUUUAACCAGCUGAGCAAUCUGAAAAGACACAACCGUAUUCACGAAGGAGAAAAGCCGUAUCACUGCUCGGUGUGUGGAAAGAGUUUUACUCAACAGAACACCCUCCAGCUCCACCACCGCACACACACCGGCGAGAAGCCGUAUCGCUGCUCGGCCUGCGGGAAGAGUUUCGCUCACCGGAGUACUUUCAGGAUCCACCAGCGCAGUCACACGGGGGAGAAGCCGUACUUCUGCUCACAGUGCGGGAACAACUUUAUCAGUCGGGGGAGUCUACAGCGCCACCAGCGGGUCCACGCCGGAGAGAAGCCGUAUCACUGCUCACACUGCGGAGGGAGUUUCACUCAGCGCUGCCAUCUUAAAUACCACAAACUCACUCACACCGGAGACCAACCGUAUCACUGCUCUUAGGAAACACCGCACUCUGAGCAGGGCUCCCCAAAGACUCCUGUGUGUUUAAUGGGGUCACUGCUCGAUCGUUCAGGGAGACACACACCUGGACGAUGUGUAUACACUGUUCUGUACAUUUUACCAUAAAUGCAAAUCAAUGAAAUUCAUUAAUACUUAUAUUCAAAAGCGAAGGGCCAAUGUGUGUGUGUGUGUGUGUGUGUGUGUGUGUAUUUAUGCUCUUGUUCUAAGACCUUGCCAUUUUCAUAGUAACAGCUCACACACACACCUCUACAGUAGAUUAAGUCUCAGCGCUCAGAGGAUAACGAGCUGUGUUCUUUUAGUCUUUUGGAGUUCAAGCAAAGAGAAGAGAACCUCUUUUUUUUCCUAGUGUUGAGUUCCGUGUCAGACAGUUACUGUCAGUAAUGAUGAAUUAAUAAAUAAACCAUUAUAUGAGGCAGGGCUGUGCAAGACCAUCUCAACACACAUGCACCAUCACCGAGUGUAUCAUGUAUCUGUAGAGGUUCUGAUUGAACUCCUGACUCCAGCCGGAGGUGGACGAGCUCUUCUUCUUUUGGUAUUCUUUAUUAUUAUUAUUUUAUGAUAUGAUAUAUGAUAU